AUGGCCUCUUCUAGAAUGGCCAUGGUACGACCGAUGAAUCGAGCCGCCGUGAACUUACGGGACUCGUACGGUAUCUACAGCGCCCGACGACAGCUAUAUACCAAGUCGUGCAGACCAAGUGUUACCAGCACAUCACAUGUCAACCUCCCAUUUCCGCAGAAACGAUGCAUUACGCAGCAAUAUCUUCAGCGCACCAAGGAGUCGGAAGAAGAAUGGAGCAGGUGGGCGGAAGACAUCGAAAAAGGGAAACGAAAAGGCUUUGUACAGCACCUUGAAGACCGCGGUCUGUUGCAUCAGGUGGUAGGAGAACGUGCCCACCUUGAAAAACUCCUCACCCAGAAACGAGUAGGCUUCUACGUUGGAGUCGACCCUACUGCGCCGUCUUUGCAUGUCGGACAUAUGAUUCCUUUCAUGGUUCUGGCCUGGGCGUUUCACUGGGGAUAUCCAAUAUCGUUUGUGCUUGGAGGCGCUACUGCCAAAUUCGGAGACCCGACAGGAAGAACCGAGGAACGAGCGCGAGAACAUAGGUCUGUUCGUACGACCAACAUGGCUGCAAUGCACAUGCAGUUGAAAAAACUAAGCGCUUGUAUCGAGCGUUACGGCUUUCGACAUGGCUAUGUAGAGCAAUGGGCUGCUCGUCGCGCUCUGUGGAAUAACAGCACUUGGUGGAAUAAAAUACUAUUUGCUGAUGUGUUGCGGGACUUGGGAGUGAAUAUGAGGCUUGGACCUAUGCUAGGCCGAGAUACCGUUAAGAAUCGGCUAGAGGGCAAGGGUAUGUCGUUUGCAGAGUUUUGCUAUCCUAUUAUGCAGGCAUGGGAUUGGUUCCAUCUAUAUAGGACAGGCACGCAGAUUCAGGUCGGCGGUGCGGACCAAUUUGGUAACAUUCUCUUUGGAAUGGAAGCUGUCAAGCAAAUGGGUAGGAAUACAGCUGUGCAAGACGACCGCAGAGACAUGGACGACGACCUGCAACAACCCAAUGGCUUCACCACGCCACUUCUGACUAGCCCAUCGGGGGAGAAAUUUGGAAAAUCGGCCGGGAAUGCAGUCUGGCUUGACUCGGAUCUGACACCAGUGUUUGAUCUUUAUGCAUACUUUGUUCGGACUCCAGACGACCAGGUAGAGCGGUAUCUGAAAAUGCUCACAUUCCUGCCUCUCGAAGAGAUUGCGAAAAUCAUGGAGAAGCAAAGAUCGGACCCGCCUAGUCGAAUUGCGCACCACACCCUUGCUCAAGAGUUUGUUGAAAUUACCUAUGGACGAGACACGGCGCAGAAAACAGCCCUUCAGCACCAACAGCUAUUCCGGCCCCGUUCUUCCACUGCACAGCCAACGCCGCCGCCAACAACAGGUCCAAGAAUGCCCGAGACCUAUGCUUAUAAGCCCGAAGCCAAAUUUAUAAACCGCGCAGCAGGCAAUAUACAUGCACCGCCAGUGACUUACGAGUCCAUGUCGACUGGAACGGUCCUGCUGCCCAGACCGCUUGUUCUCGAGCAGACUUUGAACAAAGUUCUUUAUAACGCUGGUUUGGUCUCCUCGUACAGCGAGGGCCAUCGUUUGAUCGCCAACAAGGGAGCCCAUAUCGGAAGCCGGGCCGGUGACUCGGGAGCCAUGAACGAUGCCCUGUCGUUCACACCUAUCCAUCCCUGGGUCAAGGAAAGGACGCCAGACUUCUUGAUUGAUGAAAAGCUCCUGAUCUUCAAGAUCGGAAAAUGGAGAAUGAAGAUGGUCGAGCUUAUCGACGAAGCUGAGUUCGAAGCGAAGGGGCUGACCGCGCCCGGAUGGGAAGAAUUCAAGGAGAGGAGGGCUGAAGGGAAGAGUGAGUACGAGGAUAUGCCACAAACUGAUUUCAAAAUCAGGAAGAUUGAUCACACGAGGAGGAAAGGGGACAAGGAAUAA